AUGGAGAGAUACAACACACUAGUGCUGGCUAUUUUGAGUACCACGCUGAUUACGAUAGCAAAUAGCGUGGUUUACGACGAGGAUAUCUUACCACCCAAUUUGUCAAAUCAAUCAGUGAUUGCGCCUUUGCUUAACAUUGUGCCGGAAAAUUUCAACCUCACGAAAUGGUCGUUAGUUCUCCGUAAUGUUCAUCCACAUACUUAUCUCACUGCUAUUGAAAUUAUUCGACUACACAAAUAUGAUGCCGAAGUCCAUGAAGUUGAAACGGAUGAUGGCUACAUCCUUCAAUUGCACAGAAUACCAGAUUGUAAGAAAAGUCCGAAAGCAGCAGGAAAGCCGGUUGUAUUCUUACAGCACGGUAUCCUUUCUAGUUCUGUAGAUUGGGUUAUGGCUGGACCAGAAAGAGGAUUCGCAUUCUUACUUGCGGACGCUGGCUAUGAUGUGUGGAUGGGAAAUGCCAGAGGAAACAUUUAUUCUCGCAAACAUAAAAAAUUAACCGACCGCGAUUCGCAAUAUUGGAGUUUCAGCUGGCACGAAAUGGGUGUGCACGAUUUACCAGCUGUGAUCAGUCACAUUCUAAAGAUUAGCGAGCAGCAAAAAUUAUAUUACAUUGGUCACAGUCAGGGUAGUACGUCAUUUUUCGUUAUGCUGAGUGAACAUCCAGAGUACAAUGACAAAAUUCAUGCCAUGUUCUCACUCGCUCCUGUAGCUUAUUGCUCGCAUAUGAGAAGUCCGAUUUUUCAAUUCAUGGCACUUUUCGAUCAACCGAUCAAGAUACUGACGGCUUUGAUUGGUAUCAAUGAGUUUAAACCUACCGACGAGUUCUUCACUACGUUCACUACCGCCUUAUGUCAAGAAAGAGUUAUCACACAACCAAUCUGUGAAAAUGUUUUAUUCAUGAUUGCAGGUUUCAAUGAAGCGCAAAUGGAUUUGGAAUUACUUCCAGCAAUUUUAGCUCAUGUACCAGCUGGAGCUAGUGUUAAUCAAUUUAUACAUUAUAGUCAAAUUAUAAAAUCAGGCAAGUUCCAACAAAUGGAUUUUGGUUGGUACAGUAAUUUAAUGAAAUACGGCAGUUUGACACCUCCAUCUUAUAGUCUAACGAACGUUAAAGUUCCAAUAGCUUUACAUUAUAGUGGAAACGAUUUAAUAUCUUCUUCAAUAGAUGUGGAGAAAUUACUCUCAAAAUUACCAAACCCUAUCGGAAAAUUUCAAGUUUCUGAUAGGAAAUUCUCUCAUCUUGAUUACUUAUGGGCCAAAGAUGUAAAGACUUUGCUAUAUGAUCAGAUAAUGAGUAUAAUGCUACGUUAUAAAGAUUAAUGAGACCAUCAAAGAUGAAAAUAUAAAAAACCGAACCGUUAUUUAACAUUUUCAAGUUUAGAUGUAUAUUAGUUGUAUGUGAUAUAUUUGUUAGUAAUUAACACAUUAAAAUUGUUAACUUCUGGAACUAGCGUAAACAAUAAGUCUGUCUGUGUUAGAUACUUCAAAUUUCAUAGAACAUAACAUAUUUUUGAUAAUGUUUUUCCAUAAUUAUUUCAA